AGCUGACGGAGCAGGGAGUGCGCCGGGUCACAGCAGACCAGACCAUGGGAUGGACUUCGACCUCAUCGCCAGCAACCGGACGGCGGCUGCGGAGCAGGGCUGCCGGUUUCGGCCCGUUAGCUUCGCCUGGCUCUCCGCCUUCAACCGGAGCAACGAGUCUCGGGCGGGGGAGCCGCUGAGCGGCGACUUGGAGGCGGGAGGCACUUCAGCCGCCGCCCGCAUCGUCAUCUCGGUGGUGUACUCGGCGGUGUGCGCUCUGGGGCUGCUCGGUAACGUGCUGGUCCUCUACCUGAUGAAGAGCAGGCGGGGCUGGAAGAAAUCCUCCAUUAACCUGUUCGUCACCGGACUGGCGGCCACUGACUUCCAGUUCGUGCUGACCCUGCCCUUCUGGGCGGUGGACACGGCGAUGGACUUCAGCUGGCCCUUCGGCCGGGUCAUGUGCAAGGUUGUCUCCCUGGUGACCGUCAUGAACAUGUACGCCAGCGUCUUCUUCCUCACCGCCAUGAGCAUGGCCCGCUAUUGGUCGGUAGCUUCCGCCCUGAAGCCCAGGAGCAAGAUGAGCGGCUGCUCGGCCAUGUGGGUCAGCAUCGUGAUCUGGAUCUCCGCUGUGCUGGCCAGCAUCCCGCACGCUGUCUUCUCCACCACCACCAGGAUCUCCAACGAGGAGCUGUGCGUGCUGAAGUUCCCGGACCACAACGGCUCCGGUCAGUUCUGGCUGGGUCUCUACCAGAUCCAGAAGGUGCUGUUGGGCUUCCUCAUCCCUUUGGUCCUCAUCACGGUCUGCUACCUGCUGUUGCUGCGCUACGUGACCAACAGGAAUGUCAGCAGCUCCAGCGCCAGCCGGAGGUCCAAGGUGACCAAGUCGGUCACCAUUGUCGUUCUGUCCUUCUUUCUGUGCUGGCUCCCCAACCAGGCGCUGACUUUCUGGGGAGUCCUGAUCAAACUCAACGCCGUUCAGUUCACCUCCGAGUACUACAUCGCCCAGUCCUACAUCUUCCCCAUCACCGUCUGCCUGGCUCACACUAACAGCUGCCUGAACCCCAUCCUGUACUGCCUGAUGAGGAGAGAGUUCCGCAAGGCGCUGAAAGGCAUGUUCUGGAGGAUGUCCUCCCCCACCAUUAUACACAUGCGGCCCUUCACAGCCAGCACUAAGCCAGAACAGGAUGAGCAGAGGCAUGUCAUCAUUCCGAAAAACCCGGUCCAGCCGGAGAUUUUGUAUUACCCUCCGGGGGUUGUGAUGUGCAACGGGCGAUAUGACAUCUUGCCCGCCAACUCUGCGGAGCCCCGCUAUUAAGGAGGCUGUGGAAUGAGUUAAAAUUGAUCCGCUUUUCAGAAGAACGAUAUAGUGUAAGUCUGCCGAGGUUUAGCCAACUCUCAAGCCAUUGUAGUUCGUCACUUUGCCAUUGCAGUUCGAUCGUUUCUCCAGACCAAAUUGCUCUGGGUUAAUCGUUGUGUGGCUGAAACAGCAGCAGUGCUGAUCCCAAGACAAGCGGUGCGAGCAUACAGUCAUAUCGGACACAGAAUGUUAGCUAUUUUCUUUCGCCACAGAUGCGCCCACUGAGUUCCUCCGUCACUUUCUGUUUUAAUGUUUAUACGCGCCCCCUUAACAGCGAAAUUUCCGAAGUUAGCCGCAAUUGAUUUUAACGCAUAGGAAUCCAGUUAAUAGCAGAACCGCUAGGCGACAGUCAUUACAGCCAAACAUUAUCCUAUCCCGUGAGAUUGUUGUGAAAUAAUAAUCGGAUUGGAACCAGGUACAGCUCCGUUUACUGUACAGCAUCAUACGCCACGAAGUAGGGCACUCGCACUUUUCAGAACAAAAAUAAUCGCCGUGUCUAGUUUGGAAACUUUUGAGUUCGAUCUUCUAAAUUAGUUUGUGGUCUUCUCGAACAAUGAAAGGCUGUGAAUGAUCGUAAAUAUCAUGACACAAACUCAAGUUGUAUGUUUUCACUUAAGCAGGGUGACAAGUUGAACAGAAAAUAUAUGAAUUUCAUUCUGUGAAAAGCGUAAUUAUUCGGCAUCAGGUGAAAUCACAGCAUCUGUGUGAGAGGUUGCCACAGCUCCGGGAAGCCCUAUUUGAUACGGAAUCGUUUUCACUUCAAAUUGCAAUCAAUGUGCGCUCCAAAUUACAGUUUAUCUUUGGUUUGUCUGUCUUUUACGUUCAUCCUCCUUCUUCAGUCUGAGGUACUCGUUACAAAAUUCUCCAUCUUCAAGUAAUUCACCAUUCGUAUUCCACGUGACGAUGAAAAAUCUAAACGCCCCGACCUCUGGAGAUUCUGAUACAGUGCCAUGUUUACUUUUCAGGAUUCACUGUUCACAAUAGUAGCUUUGCUAAAACUCCUCUUCUGCAGAUAUUAUUUGUUAGAAAUAAACCAUUAUACUCGCAAACUGCUUGUUUAUAAAAACCAAAAGAAGUGCAGAUGCUGUAAAUCAGGAACAAAAACAAAGUUGCUGGAAAAGCUCAGCAAUUCUGGCAGCAUCUGUGAAGGAGAAAUCAGAGUUAACAUUUCGGGUCCAGUGACCCUUCCUCAGAACUGACCCUUUCUGAGGAAGGGUCACUGGACCUGAAACAUUAACUUUGUUUUCUCCUUCCUAAAUGCUGUCAGAUCUGCUGAGCUCUAUCUGCAUAUUUAUGUUCCUUAAUAAUAAUGUAGACAACAAAGAUUCAUGAUUGAAAGAUUGCACAAUUUUGAUUAUUUUCAUAUUCACCAGUUUUAGCACUUAUAAUUGGAAAUUAAAGUUAUGAACCAAAACUGUGUUGUAAGUAUUAACUACUAUUUUUGCUAAAUAGGUAAUGAUAGUGCUAAAAUACUUAAUUAAUUGAGCAUUACUAUACUAUUCAUUUUGCAUUGAUGUAAAACAGUUUCAGAUAUACAUUGACACAUAUCAGAAUUAAAGUUAAUAUAAUUUAAAAGUUGAGUUGAUAAUUUGACUGAAGUGCAUUAGUUGCUCUAGAAAGUAGUUCUGCACUGUUUGGGUUUCAGAGUCAUUCAUGAAGAGCUACAGUCAACAAUGGCAAAAUACUAAAUCACCAAAUCAUACAAUGCAGAACGUUUGAAAGGAUUUUGAGAUAUUUCAUCAAUUGUAAAGGAAUCAAUUGUGAAUUUCUUGAUAAAUAAAAUCCUAGUGACCUGAAGGGGCACCAAUAGGAAGCUGUGUUGCUAAAAGACACAAAGGAGAGUUACAGACAAACGGAGCUACCAGCAGAGGAGCAGAAGGAGAGUCACGAAGAGAGUUACUUGCAGAGUAACUGGAAGUUGAAGACAAUCCAUGCACAGGUACAAAGACAGAGCAGACAAAGUUAUAAACAGUAACACAGAGAAUUCUUGUGAGGAGAAGCAGCAAAUCAGUCUCCAUACAAAGUUAGAGAUAAUGGGAACUGCAGAUGCUGGAGAUUCCAAGAUAAUAAGAUGUGAGGUUGGAUGAACACAGCAGGCCAAGCAGCAUCU